GGUGUCACGUGAUCAAACUUCGUAAGUUGAAAAGGUUUAAGCCCAAGAAGAAAAUGACAACAUAAGUGGCGGAAACUGCUAUACACCAUAGGGUCCCAACAGAAGAGAUAUGGCAGUGCAAAUAAAACAAGAGAGUGAUUCAGAGUCUGAAUCUGGUGGAUAUAUAGAUCUUACUGGAGAAAAGCCGAUGUUUAUGAAGCCAAGUGUUGAGGAUGAAUUGGAAAAAGUGAAAUCCAGCACCACCAUCUCGAUACGUCAGGUUCCAGAGGUUAAAGGUAGUACCUGCCAAGAUCUAUUGGACAUCACUAAAGUUGAACCUGCGGAAGAUCCAAUUUCUUCAGAACAGAACUUAGAAUUCCCACAAGCGACAAACACAAGGAAAAGGACCAGAAAGGCAAGAAAUCGAUCAACUUCCCAAUCGUCUGAUGAGCAGGAGGUGCUGAAGAAAAUAUCAAGAACAAGUCCAACUGAUUUUAAGCUCUUUCAAAAAUAUUUUGCAAAAAGAUGGUCAAAGGAUGGUUUAGUCAUUGGUGGUAGAUCUUAUAUGCUUAGACCAACUGAAACAAAUCCUGAACAGAUUGUCCGCUCUGAUAUUGGUAGAGUUGUGCUACCCUUUUCUGCUUCUUUACAGCCAAAUAAAACCAAUGAUAAAGGCAAUGAGCCAGAAGCUCCUAACACAACAUUCCCUAAAGCAAAAACGAGUAGGGGAAGUAGAUCAACAAGCACUGCUAAUGCAUCUAAAAGUAUAUCAAAAUCUACUUCAAACAAGCCGAUAGAUGUUGAGAGCAGUACGGCAGCUCAUGGAGACAGACCAAAAGCAAUGCGAAGCAGCUCAAAAACCAUGACUGGUAAAAAUAGGCCAAAAGACAGUGGAAACAAGCAUUCAACUAAAAGAAUCCGGACAAAAAAACCUAGCCCAACAUAUGCAAAUGACAGUUGCUUAAAAUCCACUCCAAAUGAAGCAAUGGAUGGGAAAAGUUUUUCUGAUAUUGUGAAAGGGAAAAAUGGGAGGUCUGACUUACCACAGAGCCAAACAGCAUGCUCUGGACUUGCACAUUUACAGAGCAGGAAUACACUGCAUAGGUCAGAUCUUCCUGAGCCUUUGUUUGAAAUGUUCAAUAGGACAAAACAUCCAACAGAACACCAAAAAGAGAAAUUUUAUCCAAUUCUUGUUUAUGAGCUUCUCAAAGUCUCACAUUUACAAGCACAAAGUUGCACUGACAGGGGGACAUCAUUAAGAUUACAGAAAGAAGUUUUAUUGCAGCCAGGAACAAAUAAAAACAGUGAUGUAAUUAGUCAUUCCAUCGCAAAAAGAAGUCCACCUUCUGUAAGUACCACACCACUGUCUCAAGGUUUGCCAGAUUUAUAUAAACUUGAAAUUACGGAUAGUGAUGGAACCCUUGCUGAACCGAAUGAAGAUCAAAAGCCAAAAGGAAAGAAUACUGCAAGGUUAAAGUUAAGCAAAUUUUUGCAGAGAAAAGGAUCAAAUAAUUAAAAUAAAUGACUUCAUUUGAAACAAAAGCCCUUGAUUUAGCGAUGGUAGUUCAAUCUUACACUGCUAGGUCUAAAGUUAUAUAUCAUAUAUAUUUGCUGCUUCACAAACUUGAAAGUUAUGGGCUGAAUAGGAAUCAAGCUUAUUGUCACGUUCGACAGUUCGUUCAAAUUUUGUCCUGUCCAUAUCUUUCUCAUUUAAAGUUGGAUUUUAAAAGUUUUUGGCAGUAGUGACCACCAUAGCAUGAGGGUGUGUCCAGGACAAGACCUGUGUCCUUACCUUCAAAGUCAAGGUCACAAAAACUUCUAGAUAUGACCUGUUUUUUGUCUGAUCCCUAUCUUUCUCAUUUAUGGUUGGGUUUAAGAAUUAUUUGGCAGAAGUGACCACCAUAGCAUGAGGAUGUGUUGCUCUUAGGACCUUCCUUCAAGGUCAAGGUCACAGCAACCAUUGAAUUUAGUAUGUUUGGCUAUAUAAGCAUAAAUUAUAAUAGUUUGUGUACACUCAAUAUCUUUCUCAUUCAUGGUCAGAUUUUAAAAUUAUUUGGUGUAAGUGACCAUCAUAGUAUAAGAGCAUUUCUCACUCAAAUACCAUAUCCCUACCUUCAAAGUCAAGGUCAAAGCAAUUUUUUUGAACUUAGUAUGUUUUGCUAUAAAAGCCAUACUGACGAUAGUUUGUGGCACAUUUACCUUUAGUGAAACACAUUCUACCUUAUUUCUUAGAUUGUUCCAUGGCAAAUUUCUGACACUUGGGCAUGCAGGGGUAUUAAUCACAUUCUAUGACAGCUCUUGUAGAUUUAUUAGACAUUUUAUUCAACAAAAAAGCCUUUCUUUAAAUGUCCUAAUAGACGUGCAUGCCCUGAUAAAUGCAGAGGAGAUCUUUUAGAGGGCCUAUUUUCCUAAUUGGUAAGCCAUAGGUUUUCGACUUAGCUUACUAUCCAGGUGAAGGGUAAUAGUGACAUGUGCAGUUUGUAUUUUAUAUAUAUGACCGUAUACAUUACAGAUUAUCGAGUUUAGCAGAUUUAAAGGAGUUUGCUGAAUGGGGGAUAAAAAGGGUAUUUUAGUAGGUAGUUUUCUUAAAAUGGCAUACUUUUAGGGCAUCUAAUAGAACAUUUAGGGUAUAUGAAAAAACUAGCAUGAUCUACUUGUUAAAGUUGUUAUUAUAUUGACAUGUCCUCCAGCUGCUAAAACCUUCACUGUUCACUGUAUUUCAAAUGAAAUUUUGUUGUAGGUAUUUAACCAUUAUUGGAUCACAUAUAAACCAAAUAUAAAACUAAAAAAUGUAAAAAUAAAAAAAAAGUUUAAGUAUCUGUGAUUUCAUAGCCUCAAGUGUAAGAAGUGAUUCCUAUUAAAUGUAAAUGAUAUAUAUUUCUACAUGUACCAGGUAUAGAUUGGAUAAUCAGUACAAUGGUGAUAACUCGAGGACUCUUAGGAUUGACCUGAUAACUUACACAAUGUUUCGAGUAGUCCCGAUUCAAUAUAUUUCAGUCAUGAAUACAAAUCCUUGUUUUGAUCUGACACAAGUUUCUAUUGUUAUGGUUAUAGAAUUGUUUGGGUGAUGGGUAGCUACAAUAUGCUCUUUUUGACUGUGUAUACAUUAUAGUUUUGACAGGAUAUAUUUGUCACUGUAACUCUGUUUACUUGUAACGUAAUCAUUCAGUUAGCAAGGAAUAAGUAGUCAGAAUUCUGGGUAGGGGGUAGUCAUCACUUCUGUGAUAGCUGUAGUUAAUUGAUAUCAGAAGUUAAUCUGGUGUUCUGUUGAUUUUUUGUAAACAUUUAAACCAAGUUUAAGAGUUGAGAACAUGUAGUUUUAACUGUAUACAGGGUGUGUGCAAUGUCGUUAUGUUAUGCAAUUGUAUGUGCCAUUCUCUGUUAUGCCAUAAUACUUCUUUUUAUCUGUAUACAAGGUGUGUGCAAUGUCGUUAUGUUAUAUAAUUGUAUGUGCCAUUCUCUGUUAUGCCAUAAUACUUGUCAAUGAUCUUAUAAAUGUUGUUUUAUACUCUUUGUUUUCUAUUAUUUUUAUCUGAUUUCUAUUGAUUUAUUUAUGUUUUGGUGUGAAUCAUUUAUUAUACCCCUACUUCACAAAGUGAAAAAUGUUAGUUUUAUUCUAGUUUUUGUAUGUUACAUAUUAUAUCAUUUUAUAAGCAUAAUUGUAUAUACUCAAAUCUUGUUUAAUAUCAAUGAGUGUUCACAUAUGCAUGUUUCAAUGCAUGACAAUAAUGAAACAAACUUGAAUUGAGGGUACACUAGGGUCAAAUUGGAUUAAGUAUCCCUUUUUGCAAUAUUUCAGUACCUACUGGUAAUUUUUUGAUCUAAUUUGAUUUGAUUAUUUAGAUUUAAUUUGAUACCAGACAUAUGUAUUUAUCUUAUUGGGAAAUAAAUAUUAUUUCAUUUCAGAUUUGUGAACCCUGCAUAGACUUGAGUGUAACCUUAAUUUAUACAAAGUGAUUUUGAAAUAUUAUUGUUUGUUUUGGAUAUUGAAAAGAAGAAAAACGCAUCUUAUUUUCUUUAAUAUUUUUCUGCAUGAUAUCUGAGACACAUUAUAAUAUAUUAAAUGGAAAUAUAAACAUUUUAAUCACAAAGACAAUUAGACAAAAACUAAAAUAAAUAUUGUUCUUCUCAAAACAAUACAAUAAGUGGUAGUAAAAAUCAAUUUUUAAUAUUGAUGACCACUAACCAUACAUCCUAUUGAAAACUGCCAUUGUUAAAUGAAAAUUCCGACUUUAAUGCGGCAUUCCUCCUUGCCCCAUUUUGAGAUAUUCAUGAUGAAUUUCUUUUUUGCUCUAGAAUUUUAUUUCUUAAAAAUAUUGAGCAAUGGUUCAUAUUAACAUAAUAAAUAAUAAAAUUAAUUUUUAAAAAAUCUAUCAUUUUGAAUCGUGCCACGCUUAUAUGUGGAACAGUAAGUUGAGAUUAGAUUGAGAAAAGACUUGCGUAUUUUCAUGAAAUUGGGGCCAGAUUUCACCAGAAAUAUCAUAAAGAAAGCAUGUAUAUAGAAAGCAUCAUAUACAUUGUAUGUUCAUCUAUCUAGAAUAUUGAACUUUCCCCAUUUUAUGAUUCAUUUCUUGAAAUAUCAUUUAUAUUUAAAUUAUUAAGAUCUAGAAAUGUUAUUUCUGUGCUUAAUUUAGGUUUUUGAUGAAACAAAAUCUAACCACUGAAAACCUAUCGUCAUAAUGACGCUAAACAUACGAUCAAAUUGGCAUCUGAUCAAAACUGAAUAUCUAUAAUAUAUAAUUAUGUGAUAAAAUAGUUGUAACGUUGUAAUUGUAUAUGUUUCACUGAAUGGUUGACUUUCUCCCUUACAUUUUGUUAGAAAAUUUGUAUUGAUUUUUCUUUGAUAAUAUUUCAUUAUUCGAUAAUACUUAUUUUCAUUUUCAUUUUCGCAUAUACUCAUUUGAUUAGUUCUAAUUGCAAAUUAGUUUUUUGACAAUUCUGAUAAGAGUUUUACUGUUUGCUCUGCUUGGUUCAAUCUCUACUUCAAAGAAGGAAAUGAGGAAUUAUUUAAUCAUUAUUGUCACCGUAAUUAUCUCAUAUCUUGAACCUAUUGCUUCAGCUUUACUCUUUGACAAUUGUCAUUGUUAAUUGACACUUCCAUAUUCUUCCUUGAUACAUGUAGCAUAUUACCUGGUAUAAUCAUUUAAUUCUCAUUGGUUACUUCUACUCUUUCACAUGGUAUCAUAGCCAUGCAUUGACUAUUGCAAGUUUGUAGAAAUAUAAUGGUUGUUUGCUAUAAGCUGGUAAAUGUGACGGUGAGUUAUCGUUAGUUAUACUUGUUUAACCCUUUGUAAACCUGUUAAUUGAUUACUUUUAUCAAACACUUCUGGCUACAUCACAAACUAAUUGAAAAUUUACAGCGCUUAUCAUUCAUUUAUUCUGAUUUGUAUUUGUUAUGUUAUGUAGAUAUAUAGUGCGUUUUCAUUGUUGUAUUUAUUGCGCAAUUUGGAUAUUGUGUGUAUUUAUUUGAAUGUCAUCAUGUCAAAAAUUUUCCUAGACACACUUUAACCAGUUUUCAACCAGUGGCUAGGUCUGCCCCUACAUGGUAAGAUAUGUAUAAGACUUGGACUUUUAAUUUAUAAACAUAUACAAACAAUAUUUAUUUAUAAAUCAUUUAGCUGUUAUAAUUUUAAGCAUGCAAGCAGCAUAAAAUCUUAUUCCAUUACGUCAACUUCUUUUAAAUGGUUUUGUUAUCAAUUCAAGUCUGACGUAUUCAAUUAUAAAUAAUACAAUUGUAUACAGUUAUUGCAAUGUUAGAUAACAAGUGUCAUUAUUUUCUUCUGAGUAUUGUUUUACAAUUAUUGGGUGCCUUCUCCUUAUAAUGUAUGUGUAUGUUCUAUUGUAAAUAUUGUUUGUCCGCAUGGGCCGUAUGGUUUAUUGGAUGUGAAAUCAAUCUUCUUCUAUCAUUUAUAUUAGUAGUCUGUACACAAAAAAAAUACAAAAACAUAUCACAAUAAUCAUAAGCAUAGUAACUAACUGUCUUUAUUAUUGAUUUACAUGAACAUUUGUAAAAUAGGGAUAAGACUAUAAGUAUCUUCCAUGGCCGAGAGUCAAAGAUAGGUUCAUCCCGACCCGACCGUAGGGUGUUUUGCGGAAACGAGGUUUACCGAGUAAUGUAAACUUUGAAAUAAGAACUUUGACCACAGGGAAUUAACUAGAAAGUUUUGUACUUUUUUCUUUUACAAAGGAAAUCUUGUUGAACUACAUGUAUCAUAAUAGGAGAAUUAAUUCAUUUAAUUUUAUAACAUGUUCAUAAUCCCAUAGACUAUUUGGUGUUUCUUGUUGGAACAGUGUUUGGACUUAUUUUGGAUUAACUACAUGUAUGAAACCUAAAUGAAUCUUUAAUAAAGCAUCUAUU